AUGGAACAGCAGCAGCGUCCCGCACGCCCAGGGGCUGCCGCAGCUGCGGGGACAGCCUCCCGCUCAGGGCCGUCCGCGCAACCCAGGAACGUAGCACCCAGUGCGCCGCAAGGUGCAACCUCAAGGACACCCACCCAGGCGCCCAAGAGCGAAUCGGAGAAGGCCGCCAUCCAAAAGCGUGCUGAAGGACGGGCCCUAGUCCCGCCCCACUUCAGGGACAGCUUCAAGCAUUUUUUCUUCUCGCCCACGGGAAUGUUGAAGAUCUUCAGGCUGGGUCUUCUCAUAGGAGCAUUAGUUUGUUUUGUCAUUGCCAGAGCCAAUGAGCCGUUUAUAGCCAUCACAGUUCUGGAAAUCUGCAUCGUUCUUUUUUUUAUUCUAAUAUAUAUGCUAACCCUUCAGCACUUGCUGGUUAAUUUAGAUUGGCCCUUACUUGAUCUUGUCAACAGUUUUAUUACAGCUGUGUUCCUUUUAAUAGUUGCCAUCUUGGCGAUGCAAGAAAUGGAAAGAAGGCACUUAUUCUAUGUUGGAGGGACCCAGUGUCUCACAGCGGCAAUCGUGUGUAUCCUGGAUGGGAUUAUGGUCACCAAGAAGAUAACGGAUAAAAUGAGAAGAAUGCUGGGACUCGAAUAUGAAAGAAGUUCCUCCCUGCUCCCGGAACCCAAGAAGUCAGGACCCACGCCAGCGCCCGGGAAAGCGGCUAAGAACCCCCACGCAAAGACGGCUGACAAAGGCAAAAAGGGCAAAGCGGCGGCCCCGGCGGCCCCGCCCCCCGCAGCGGCGCCCCCGCCCCCUCCGCCGCCGCCGGUCCCCAAACCCCAAGACAAGAAAGACCAGGAGCCCAAGAAAAAGGAAAAGUCAGUGCAGCCCAAGGAUGAAGUGGGCACGAGGAAGGGGUGUCGCCGCUACAAGUGGGAACUCAAGGACAGCAAUAAAGAGUUUUGGGUUAUGGGGCACGCUGAGGUCAAGAUCCUGAGCUUGGGCUGCCUAAUAGCUGCACUGGUAAUGUUCACGGGGACCACCGUGCACCCUCUCCUGACACUCAUCAUCACCAUGGAGUUGUCCGUCUUCUGCUUCUUCUUCAUUAUCUACACCUUCGCCAUCAACAGAUACAUGCCCUUCAUCCUGUGGCCUAUUUCUGACCUUCUCAAUGACCUGUUCGCCUUCAUCUUCCUUGUGGGGGCUGUAGUCAUAGCUGUGAGAAGCCGACAGACCAUGCCCAUGCACUACUUCAUUGCUGUGAUCCUUAUUGGCGUGGCUGGACUUUUCGCCUUAAUCGAUGUGUGUCUUCAAAGAAAACAUUUCAAAGGCAAGAGAGUCAGAAGGAAUGCGCUGAUUCCCCCUGCAGGAAAGGAGCAAAAGUUUGAAAAGCCAAAGGAAGGAGAAAAGCCACCGGAAAAUGUACCAGAAAAGGCACCAGAAAAGGCAGGAGAAAAGCCCAAGGAUAAAGGAAAGGGAGGCAAGAAAUGA